AUGGGUGAGAGGGCCGUCAAGAGCGAAAGAUGGGUUUCUGGAGAAGGCGGAAUGAUUUCAGCGGAAUUAUUUCAGCAUAGGCGAGGUGCGGAGGUGGGUCGUUUUGGCACAGAGGAUUCAGGAUUCCUUGCAGAGAAGGCAAUAUCGUCAGUCCUCGUUCGAGUCCAAAUGGAACUGAAGGCAAGAGAACAAUGCCAUGUCCAGCGCUGCAGUUGGUUCACGAUUCAAGUCGCCGUACUAACGGCGCCUAUGCCGCUUUCAAGAGACCGCAAUUCUAACCGAACUAGAUGCCGAAGCUUCCAGUGGAACAGCAACUACUGUGGAGAGACGGCGGUUGCGGGGUUUGCUUCUCCACCAUCACCCCACGCUUGCAGGAUGUCUUUGGACGCAUCUCGAGAAUACAGCGAGUUGGAGUUGCUCACAUCUCUCAGACGACUCGCUCUGGCAGCACCCGAUGCGCCCUUCGUCUACCUUCAGGAGCCCCAAACGCGCAGUCCAGGCGAGUCGAGCGACUUUGUAAAAGUGACGUACGGUCAGGCCAAUCGCAUCGUCGAUCACCUCGCUCUCAGAUGGCAGCAGCGUCUAUCGGAGCAGCAUGGUGUUGAUUGGGAUAACGAGCAGAUCCCUGUGACGAUUACGUUGCUCAGUUUGCCCACGCAGCAUACCUUUUUCCAUCUCUUUGCGCUGUGGGCGAUUGGAGUCACCGUUCAGUACGUCAACCAUGAACUAGGUCGAGACACACUCGAAGCGUUGAUACAUGGCGCCCGCUCUGAUCUCGUUGUCCAUGCCGGCUUGGACAACAAGGUCAAAGCCUGGCUAGAGAGUAUCUCUUCUACACACCACAUCCCUCUCCUCGAGCUCAGUGCGCAAGAGACCGCCUUGCACCUCGCUCGUCUCGCCAUCGACAACCAGCAAUUUCAACUUGCCCAGCCAAGUAGGCCAGCAUUCGGUCUGUAUACGCGCAUUCCGGACCCAUCCAUCGUCUCGCACUCGUCUGCAUCCACAGGCGAGCCCAAGCUGAUUGCCUAUAGUACACGUUAUUGGUGUUACGACAUUGCUCGCCAUGCCACGGAGGUACUCGCGCAAGAUCAAAAGCAGGCGACCGCUCUUCGACCACGUCUACUGCUUGCAAGGCCCUUCUACAACACUUAUGUCGGGUUCAUCGUCCUUCACCUCAUAUCCGCACGCCCACUUGCACUGAUGAACCCGAUCGAUGGGCUGACACCUUCUGUGACAGAAGUGCUCGUAGCAUUGCAGCAAUCCAAAGCAGCCGAGGUGGCCACCAACGUCGAGCAAGCUCGUCAGAUGAUUCUCCAAGCGCGAGCUAAUCCCGACAAGGGCUGGCUUGACACCCUGCGCGCCUUGGAUCAAUUUGCCAUCAGCGGCUCUGGUGUUGAUGUGCACCUGUCCUCGCUGGUAGAGCAGUACUCGAUUCUAGCGCUCAACAUCUUUGGCGUCUCUGAGGUCGGAGGGCUGCUCGUAGGCCCAGGUCCGCCCGUCGCACCUCUGCACGUUCUGUUUGCCAACCCAACGCAGCAUCAUCAUCUUUUCCUGCCGCUCGACGAGCAUCACGUGCAGUUGUGGUCUCUUGCCUCGGCUUGGCCUCGUCUUGUACAUGCUCUCGAGUACGAGCCACGCCUCAAGCCAGGUCAAUCGCUGCCGAGCGUCGUCCGUGCGCAGCCUUACCCAGGGCCAGGGCCGCAUCACGGGGAGCCUGCGGUGAAUUGGGCGGAUUCGUUCCGUGUGACUGCUCCUCGGACGCCAGCCCAUGGCAAGCCGGCGGCUCAAGGCUAUGUGCACGUAGGCCGAGAUGCCGACAUACUGCGUCACUCAAAUACGGCUCGAACCAAUGCGAUCCAAGUCGAGGCUUAUCUCUUACAGCACCUGCGCCAGCGCCUCGGCUUCGACAAAGUGACUGACGUACAGCUGUUUGGUACCAACAUGCCCGGAACCGCGGCUGUUAUCCAGCUUGAACGCUCUGCAUCAGAUAAGGACAACAGCACAGACCGGAUCGACCAGGACAUACUGGGCGCCAUUGAGGAGACGGCAGAUCAGCUUUCUCUCCCUACUUAUUCGUACCCUAAGUCGCUCGCCUUUGUCAAAGUGAUUGUAGACACGGCAGACGCCCCGCUGACGUUGCUCACCACUCACAAAGGCAACUUGCGAAGGAACCUCAACGCACGCAACUUUUCCUCUUGGCUCGAGGCGUUGCCGUGGCAUACGCAAGAUUCCAACGCAACCGUCAUAUGA